AUCUUCCUUCACUUAGAACUGUCGAAGUAUUUUAUUAUUACGAUUUGGAUAAAAUAGAGCACUGGCCUUGUCCUCGUCCGCAUCGGUGUCAUAUGCCAGAGACCGGCCUCUCAGGAAUCUUGAUGAACCGGAUCUACGCCUGCGGCCCUUUCUUCUUUUGGCGUGAGGUGUCAUAAUGGUCUUGCAAUUUCCGCCAUGGCGACACGACUCGGAAUUGGCCAUGGUUCGAGACUGGUUCUUCCCUGAUCAUGCCAAACGGGACGUGUUUUCAGGCUCUCCACAAGACAUGAAACAACGAGCUAUCGACAAAGUCAACCUCUGGCUGUUUAAAGCUGGUCAGCUACCCCCGGCCAUCGUAGCAACGGCCAAUUUAACUGAAGCUUCGCUUCACGAUGAUCCUGUUAGGCGGUCUGGAGGAAUCUCAGACUCGGCUAUGCAGAGUAUCUAUGCCAUGGCUUUUGCGAGGUUUGUUAAUGGCUUUGUUGAUCGCGAUGUCGCCCGUUUGCAUACCGCUGAGAUGGCCGUGGACGAGGACGAGGGGGAGGAUGGCGUGGUACCGGCAGCAAAGGGUGAAAGUUCUAUGUACGCGCUUGCUGCUACGAUUGGCAUGCCGCAGAACUUUGUCGGUCUACGACAUCAACUUGCGCAUGGUGAUAUCCCCAACUUAUCCUAUCUGCGAAAGAUGACACGGCAAGCACUGACAUGGUUGUGGGAGAGAUGGUGGGUCAAGAAUGCGACUGGUGAUCCAGGCCGGUCACUGAGGCUUCUUGAAGAACACAUCCGAAUAGCACGAGAAGCGGCAGACGUUGGUACUAGCAAAUCCGAGUCCGUUGAGGAGAUUGUUACGGGUUGGAACACGGUCGAAGGUUCAGAGAAUGAGCCGACAGCUUCAGUCACAGACAUGAGGGUUGACAGAGUCUGGAAACAAGGGGCUGGGAUGGCGCAAAAAAGAAAAUAUGGAGUUCUAGAUGGAAAUGACAUGAGAUGAAAUCACAAGACCCUUUCCGUGUCCCAGUUGCGCCAAUUC